UCAGUUUGCUUUCUCUUUCACUUCAUGCGGCAUGGCGUAACAUACGUGUAUUUUAUUUUAACCUAAGAAAUAACGCUAUUGCCAUUUUAUUUAAAUAAAUAGGCCUAAGUCGUGUUUUUGAUAUCCGAAAUUUAUUUAAACACUGAAUAUAAAAUUCUUCCGGCGUUCUGUGUGGCAGGAAUACGAAGGCAGACUCUAUUAUAAUAGCGCAACGGAGCAAAACUAUUUAAAUGAACUAUUAUACAGACACAUUUGCUGAAAUAAUGGAAUCCUGUUUUGUGCUCACUCUGCUUAUUUUGCUCGUUGGUGGUGUGUUUGGUGAUGUGGUGACAGUGUCAGUGACUGAGGGAGAUUCGGUCACUCUACAAACUGAUAUCACAAAGAAAGAACAUGACAAGAUGCUGUGGUAUUUUGACGACACUCGCAUAGCUCUGAUCAAUGGACAUCCCAAUACGAGUUGUUUAUAUGAUGGUGAAGGCGGGAGAUUCAGAGACAGACUGAUGGUGGACUAUGACACUGGAUCUCUGACCAUCACAAACAUCAGAUCUGAACAUGCCGGACGUUAUGAAGCAGAGAUCAUCAGAAGCGAAAGUUCAGGCAAAAGGCAAAGCUUGAACAGAAACCGCAAGUGUGACAGCACAAAAAUUACCAAAAAAAUCAGCAUCAGUCAUGAUGAUACCAUAAAAACUUUCAAUAUGAUCGUCAUUGCUGAUCUGUCUGAUCAAGACAAAACUGAUGAAGAACCACGUAUGGAAAAGAGGGAGUUUGACUUGGAUUCAGGUCUGUCUUCCGCUGCUGUAGUAGGAAUAUGUGCUGCUGUUCUGCUGCUGGUGAUUGUUGUAGCUGCUGCUGGUGUGAUUUAUUCUCGCCACAAGUUCUCUAGAAAUGCAGAAAUAGAGAAAAACAAGUAUGAAGGAUUUAUGCCCAUAUAAGAGGAGAAAGACAAAAUCAUCAGUCAUAAAAACAAAAACAUCAGUGUGCAAUGACUGGUCCAGAAACAAUAUUCACUGUAAAACACACUACACUACUCUUUAUUUACAGCUUUGAAAAAUAUUAGCAGUAAAGCCAAUUUACAAGAAUGUAUUUGUUCUAGUUUGCAUUGUUUUGGGGAUUUACCUUGAUGAAACACUGGACACAUGAAUAUCAACAAUUACUGAUGCCUUUUAGCUUCAAGAGAGUAACUGUAUAUCAUAGUUGUGUUUUGGUGUGGUUGGUUUUAUCGUUCAUUUAUAAUCAUGUAAUGGUCUUGCUGUGCUUUCUACUGUUCUUUCAUUUUAGGUUUGUAUGGGUUUUAAGGGAUAAUUUCCUUCAUGACAAAGAUGUAUUGUCUUAUUUUUGUGAUAUUUUCCAUUCCAAAAACUAACGUAUUUAUAAUAUUACUCAACAUUCUGGAAUUCCCAUUCAUUUUCUCCAUUGAGAAACUGAUUAAUGAUUCUGUGAAAACCACAGACUUAGCAGUGCAAUAUGUAAUUACUUUCUACAAAUUAAAUGAAAAUUAUAGAUUGUAAUGUAGAUUACUUCUGACUACUUUUAGAUUACUUUUGAAAUUACUUGUUUAAAAAUCUCAGGGGACUUCAAGUAAACAUUUUAGGUCAGAGGGGUUUGUCUGACAAAAAAAGUUUGUGAAUCUCUGCAUUACACAAAAACAGCAACAUGAAAAAUCAAUCAGAUAAACAGGUUAUUUUUUUUUCGUAAUGUAAUUUAUUACAUUAAUACAUUAUGUAUGUAAUAAAUUAACAAUGUAAUUUAUCUGUAUGCUUUUGCUUUAGAAUAUAUUUUUAAAUGACAUCUUUAUGGAGAAAAUAAAUAGGACAAAUACUUCCAGAAUAAAAAUGAUUCUGUCAUUGUUUAUGCUGUAUUGCCAUAUUUA